AGUUGUGUGCCGGCAUGUUCGCGGUCUCCAAGCGCUCAAAAACAAACACACACACACGCAAAAAAAAAAUAAAUAAAAACAUCCACACAACCGUCUCCUCACGAAUGUAGAGCUGAAAGACUUAGUUAUAGAGCUCAAAAUCUUUCCUACAUGGAAAAUUAUGUGGUUGUAGAUGUGAUGUGUCCAGGCUCCUUUGGUAUCACCUUUUUUGUAGAAGAAAGAAAUUCUGGCUUGGAAUACACAUUGAAGAAGGUGGAAUGUUUGGAUGAAACUAGAGCCAAUCGAAGCCUACAGGAGGCUUUGUGUCUCAUCGAUGUGAAUCACCCAAACAUUGUCAGAUACAGAGAGUUAUUUGUAUUGUGGGAUAAACACAUAACAUCAUCCAUGCUUUCAAUGGUAAUGGACUGUCCUUAUAUGACCACCCUCAAAAUAGUCAUCUCGUCUCAAAGGGAGCAAAAGGAGAAGUUUGAAGACAAGUACUUACAGAUGUUCUUGGGACAAAUGGUGGAUGCAUUGGCCUACCUCCACAACAGAAACAUUUUACACAGAAAUCUGAAACCAUCCAACAUUUUGAUGAGCAGUGACUCUGUCUUUCGCAUAUGUGAUUUUGGAACAGCAACUAUCACACAAGAUCGUACAAAGGUCGAUAUAAGAAUCAAAGAGAAUGAGAAGUGCUGGAUGGCCCCGGAGAGCGUGAUGUUGCUCCAGUGGAGUGACAAGUCUGACAUUUGGUCACUCGGCUGUGUCCUCCUGGAUAUGCUGAUAUGUCACAUACUGAAUGAGGAGGCCUCUUUGUUACAGUUGAGUCAACUGAGACAAGAUCUCAGUCCUUUGGAUCUUAUCAUAUGCAAAGACUUUCGCAAGCUCCUCACCAGGAUGUUAAGCCACAAUCCGGAAAAUAGAGCCAAUGUCUGGGUGCUGGCAAAUGAAGCUGUUGUGAAACAAAGUCUGAUUCUCUGUGGUUCUUCACCACAUUCAAUUAAGCGGACUCUUCCUCAAGGAGUCACUGGGCCACCAUUCCAUGAAGGGAUUGACAGUGUUUUGGAUUUUAUGAUGACUUAUACAGAUGUGGAGGCCAUUCAGCUUUCUGUUCUGUCAUACCUACUGAAGGAGGAAAGAAAGGCCAUGAGCAGAAUUGGUGAUGUGGUAGAGGCUGUGACUUCUGCUAUGCUGAGCCACUCUGAGUCAGCUUGCAUUCAGCUGAAAUCAUUCCAGCUCAUACAACUCCUUCUAACUGCAGAGGAGGCCUGUGAACUGAUUGUGAAACUGGGCAGUGUUCAUCAUGUAUUGAAUACAUUAAAGGACUACCCACAUGAGAAGGAUAUCAUCAUCCCUUGCUGCAAAAUCAUACAGUGUACACUGGAAAAAGGCUAUGGUGCUCCAGAAUCAUUUCCAGAUGCUGUUGAGACAUUGUGCAUUGUGGGUGAGAUGCAUAUUCAAGAUGCAGUUGUGACAGAAUGCUUGUGUGCUGCACUACAGUUUCUGAUUAAUCAAGCACUACAUGAAGAGAAAGAUAUUGAGAAGGCUACUUGUCUCUUGAUUCAUCAACUCAAAAGUCAUCCAAAUGAAGCUGUUAUAGUGAACCAUGUGUUUGUCGCUAUGGCCGGCUUAAUCACAACGUCAGAGACUGCUGCUUUACAGCUUCUCCAUGUACCAGAUGAAAUAAAUGGUGUUUAUCACAUCAUGGCCGCUCGAAGACACCAUUCAGAUUACCCAAAGGUCACAGAGAACUUUUGCCAUCUACUGAAGCAACUAGUCCAACAUGAUGCUGUCAUUCCUGAAUUGCUUGCUAAAAAUGUACAGGAAGAAUUGGGGCAGAUACUGCAACAAUAUGAGUCCAUCACGGAGACUGUACUGUUGGCACAGGACGCCCUGUCGAAAAUGAUGAGCAUUAAAUGAUGUAGAGUCGAUAAGUUCAGCAUGACCACGGCCAUGUGGGCAUUUCAAUUUAGCAUAUCAUAAAUAUUCAUAUAUCCUUGCAUUCCUUUAUGAGCAUAAAAUUGUUCCAUGUUUUUGGUCAAUAAAACAACAUAUUCAACCA